AUGACCGACUACAGUGAGGAGCAGAGGAAAGAGCUAUAGGCUCUGGAGUCCAUCUACCUUGACUCCUUCACAGUAUUAUCAGAAAAUCCACGCAGCUUCACCAUUCCUGUGACAACUGAGGCUGGAGAAAAUGAUGAAAUUGUCCAGACUACCCUCAAAUGUACAUACAGUGAAAAAUACCCAGAUGAAGCUCCUCUUCAUGAUAUAUUCUCCCAGGAAAAUCUAGAAGAUGAUGGUGUUACAGACAUUUUAAAAUUAUCCACAUUGCAGGCUGAGGAAAAUCUUAGUGUGGUCAUGAUCUUUACUGUAGUGACAGCAGUGCAAGAAAAAUUAAGUGAAAUGGUAGAACAGAUAAAAAAGAGGAGAGAGGAAGAAAAGAAACUAAAGGAAAAAGAAGCAGAGAAGCAAUUAUUCCAUGGCACCCUUGUUACGAUUGAGGAUUUCUUAUGUUGGGAAGCCCAGUUUGAUGCAGACCUCUUGGAAAUUAAAAAGAAACGGAUGAAAGAAGAAGAACAAGCAGGAAAAAAUAAACUGAGUAGCAAACAGCUGUCUGAAACAGAUCAUAACCUUGACACAUCUGAUCUCCAGCUCUUGGAGGAUGCUGGAAACAGUGUGGAAGUAGAUGAGUCUCUGUUCCAGGAAAUGGGUGACGUGGAGCUGGAGGACGUUGAAGACGAACCAGACCACAAUCCUGCGGACGCAGGAAGUGGCUCCACAGAGGGACAAACUGUCUCCAUCUCCAGAGAGGCUCGACAGCCACAAAACAUGGCUGCCUUAGAGAUGGACUACGUUCAUUUAUACCACGCACAUUCACUGAAUACCUGUUCUGUGCUGGAAACUGCAAUGGGCAUUAGUGACAGGACACCCCUUUCACAGCCGGAGCGCGGGGGUCACGGUGCCUACAAACCCCUCUGUGUCCGCCUCGACUCCGGGGCCCCGGGCGCCCGGGCCUCCAGCCGCAGAGCGCGCCUGCCCGUGGGAAUCCCAACACUUGUGCUCUGGCCAGGCCGGCGGGGCGGGCGGGGGAGCGGGACCACCCGGCCCUCCCAGCCGCGCCUCCUGCCCGCCGCGCCGCGCGUUCACAGAGCGCAGCGAGUGGAACGAAUGGGGUGCCGCGCUCCUCAGACGGUGCGGAAGCCAAAUGUGAGGCAGGACGCGACUCCCGCUCCCUCCCGGGCCCGCGGGCAACGCCCGCUCCGUCCCAAAGGUACCACGCGGGCUUCUGACCCCGCAGCGCCGCGCCCGCGUCCUCUGUCCCCGGCCGGGUUGCUGAGCCUCAGCGUCACCAAAGGUCCGAGUUCCCGGGGCGCGAUCCAGGCUGCAGGGCGGCCUCGAGCGGGGCGCAGAGCCGUCGGAGCACCUGGCGGGCUCGCGUGCCGCGCACUCGAGGCGCAGGUGUCAGGGUGUCUCCCAUCGCAGCCCGGCCAACAACGGACGCGCGCGCUCGGGGCAGGCGCUGGCGCCGGAGCGCUGAAGCGCAGGCUGCGUGGCCCGCGGCCACUGCCACCUCCCGGCCCGGCAGUGUGCUAG